AUGGCCACAACGAUUCCUUUUCAGACUCGGUCUGUAAGUGGUGGCAUCCGAAACGGCAUCCUUCGCUACCGUAAUCCCACAUCAGUGCGCCGCUUUACAUCCUCUCGCCAUUUCCGAUUCGACACCCAGAGUCAACCUACACCCCGGGCGAAUGAUGAGGUUGCCCGGCUUGCUGCCAGUCGGCGACGCCCGUUGACACUUGCUGAUUUGUUAAAGCACGGUCGCCCGCCACUGUCGAAAGAUACACUGCUUGCUUCCGCCAACUUUACCCUUUCUCUCCUCCCCGCACGCCUAGCCUCCCGUAUUGAAGCUCUUCGGAAUCUGCCUUUUAUCGUCGUCGCAAACCCCCAUGUCUCAAAGAUUUACGGCAACUACGUGCACUCACUGUCGACUCUACUCCCGUGGCAAAAGCGCCAGGUCACGAACCUGGAAGAGGAAAACCAGUUCGCGGAAGUGCUUGCAGACCUUGUUCACACACACGCAAACACGAUCCCUAUCCUCGCCCGUGGUUUUCUCGAAUGCCGAAGAUAUAUAGACCCUGCGGAGGUAACACGGUUUUUAGAUACGCAUUUGCGUGCUCGAAUUGGCACGCGGUUAAUCGCCGAGCAGCAUCUAGCCCUCCAUUUUGCGUCGCUGCCUGUCGGAGAGGGUAUGAGCGAGUCGCAAGAACCGAAAGAAUCGCGGAAGAACGCGAUACCGUCUAACUAUAUUGGGGUUAUUGAUACUGCCCUUCAACCAGCACGGAUUGUAAGGACGUGCGAGGAAUUUGUGGGAGAAAUCUGCGAGUUGAAGUACGGAGUGCGCCCACGAUUAGAGAUUAACGGGCAACCGGACGCCAGUUUUGCCCAUGUCCCUGUACACGUGGAGUAUAUUCUCACCGAACUUUUGAAGAACGCUUUCAGGGCGGUUAUUGAGAGCGGAAACGAACGGGAGCCAAUUGAGGUGACAAUUGCGGCUGCACCGGACGUGCCUAGCCGGCAUUCUCAUGAACCAGUUACGAGGCCGGUAGAGGCCCGCGGCGCUCAGUCCCACAGCGAUGUUGGAUUCCAUGUCGACACUGUCGUUGGCACCGCAGACGCAAACGAGUCAAUAAAGUUCUCAACGCCCUCGUCGCAGAGCAUUACACUUCGAAUCCGAGAUAGAGGCGGCGGUAUAUCGCCGGAAGUUCUGCCACAGGUUUGGUCGUACAGCUUUACGACAUUCUCCGAUUUGGAUAUGGGAGAGGGAGGCAACAGUAUAGACGCCCUGAACACGAUAUCCAACAAUAGCGGCCAGCUGAGCAGCAUCGCUGGACUCGGAUAUGGGCUUCCGCUGAGUAGAGCCUAUGCGGAAUAUUUUGGCGGCAGCAUUGCCGUCCAGAGUCUCUGGGGCUGGGGGACUGAUGUGUACUUGACAUUGAACGGAGUGGGAAAGAUUGCCUAA